UCAGUGUCUAACCAGUUUUUUAGUGUAUUGUAGAAACUGAUUAUUAAAACUGCAAGUCAACUGAAAAGCAUUACCAGUAACUGACUCUCGUAAUCAGUCACUGAUAGAACGUCACAAGUUACUGAUUCAACUUCAUCAGUUACUGUUUGAUAGGACUGACAUCACCAAUUCGCAGACGCAGAAUGUUGCAGCAAAACGUGGUGGUUGUAAAGAACGCUGUGAAGCGUUAUGGGAAAGAAGAGUUGGUGCUCGACGGAUUCAAUAUGACGGUUUCAAACGGUUCCGUAUACACGCUGUUGGGGGCCAGCGGAUGUGGCAAGACAACCCUGUUGUCCUGUAUCGUCGGAUUACGUUAUCUCGACAGUGGAGAGAUGUGGGUCUUGGGGGGAUCUCCGGGCAGUGUGGGCUGCGGAAUUCCAGGGCCUCGGGUGGGUUAUAUGCCGCAGGAUACAUCUUUAGUCGAACUGUUUUCUACGAGCGAUGCUCUUUAUUACUUCGGCAGGAUCAAUGGGCUUGACGAUAAGGAGAUCGAAACGAGACAUAGGUUUUUCUCGGAAUUGUUCGAACUGCCUCCAGCAAAUCAGUUGGUGAAGAACAUGAGUGGAGGUCAACAAAGAAGGGUUUCCUUUGUCGUCGCAUUGAUGCAUAAGCCCGAACUUCUAAUUCUCGAUGAACCCACCGUAGGUUUGGACCCAAUUUUGAGAGAAAACAUUUGGGCUUAUCUGAUCAAACUAACACAGGAGGAAGGCACCACCGUAUUGAUAACGACGCAUUAUAUCGAAGAGGCUAAAAAGGCUAAUACAGUGAGUCGCCAUUAGAUAUAACAUUAUCAUGAU